UGUCAGUGAACCAUCUGCUUGGUUCUGACUGCACUGCACACACAUGGUAGAGAGGCAGCAGCUUGUUCAGUAACAGUCUGCCUCUGUCCAUCUCUCCAUCCCUGUCCUCCUUCUCCCCACCCCUUCUCCCCUGCCUGCAGCCCCCAGAACACUUGUCUUUAUUUGGAGAUGCCGGAAACCACAGCCAUCUCUCUCCUUUAUGACUGACACACACAGGGAUUGAACCGCAGCCUGUGUUUAUGUGCCUCCUCCAUCUCUCCUGCAUCUGUGUUAUUCCCUUUCCAUUGGUAAUACUGGCUUACAGCAGAUCUGCAUCAGCCCGGCCUUUAGAAAGCAGGUGUGCAAGAUGGCAGAUGUACAAGGGUUAAUGGACAGGCUGGAGAAAGCUGUUAUUCGUCUUGAGACAGCCCUCGCUUCAUCCAACUUUUCCAAGUCAGCAGCAAAUGAUGUUGUGAAUGGCAUUGAUGGCGGUGUUGUUCCAUAUGUAGAAGCUUUUGAUGCCCUGCUGGCUGGGGCCUUGGAGCAGUAUCUUACGAACAGCAAGAUCAUUGUUGGAGAUGUGGAGACACAUGCAAGUCUUGUGGAAAAUGCCUUUAAAGCAGAAAGAGGAUUUUUGGUUUUUGCAUCCCAGCACCAGCAGCCCUCAGAGGAGGAGACAGUGUUGAUCUUAAAACCUGUAUCAGAAAGGAUUCUUGAGAUCCAGACAUUCCGAGAGAAAAACCGAGGAAGUCAAAUGUUUAACCAUCUUUCUGCCGUCAGUGAAAGUAUCCUGGCACUUGGCUGGAUUUCUUAAUUAAAAGACCCGUGAACCCCUGCUCCAGGUCCCUAUGUGAAGGAGAUGGCCGAUGCUGCUGCCUUUUACACAAACCGGGUGUUGAAAGAUUACAAAAACAUUGAUGUGCGCCAUGUUGACUGGGUAAAAUCUUACCUGAAUAUUUGGAAUCAGCUGCAAGCAUACAUUAAGGAAUAUCAUACAACAGGGAUUUCAUGGGGCCAUGCAGGCCCCGUUCAUCAAGACUUAAAAGCUCACAAUAAUGUAAUAUCAGGACCAAGUUUCCCUCCACCACCACCUCCGCCACCACCUCCAGGACCUCCUCCCAGUUCAGAUAUUUUCAAUAAACCCAAAGAUGACAUGUCUCAGGAUCGAUCCGCACUCUUUGCCCAGCUCAACCAAGGAGAAACCAUUACAAAAGGGCUUAAACAUAUUUCCGAUAACCAGAAGACCCACAAGAACCCUAAACUUCGUGGGCAAGCUGUAUCAGCCCGAUCCCCAACACAGAGUUCAAGCUCUAGCUCUCCAAAGGCACCACCCCAGUCUUAUUCUCCUCUGCUAGAGCUAGAGGGAAAGAAAUGGAGAGUGGAGUACCAAGAAGGAGAGAACAAGUUAGUGAUUUCUGAGACUGAGCUCAAACAAGUGGUUUACAUUUACAAGUGCAAGAAGACAACAUUGCAAAUCAAAGGAAAAAUCAAUUCCAUAAUAAUAGACAAUUGCACAAAACUUGGCCUAGUGUUUGAUGAUGUUGUCGGCAUUGUAGAAGUCAUUAACUCUAAAGAUGUUCAGAUACAGGUCAUAGGGAAGGUGCCAACAAUUUCAAUUAACAAGACAGAUGGCUGUCAUGUUUACCUGAGUGAAAGCUCAAUUGACUGUGAGAUUGUAAGUGCCAAAUCUUCGGAAAUGAACAUCCUUAUUCCGGACCAUGGAGAUUAUAGAGAAUUUCCUGUUCCUGAACAGUUCAAGACAUCAUGGGAUGGCUCAAAGUUGGUCACUGAACCUGCAGAGAUGAUGGGCUAAUUUGUUACUGUCAUUUUGUAAAUGCAUUCGACCCAUUAUAUAUGUUUUUAAAGCUGCAUUUCACUUGGGGUAUGCUGCAUGCAGCCUUAGUGUGCAGUAUACAUAAACAAUAUAUAAUAAUCUAAUGAGCAUUUCCAUCUGAUUCUCCCGGAAGCAAUUUAUAGUGAACUUGCUGAGAACAUUUAUAGAUUUAAUAGUGAUACCUAGCUAACG